AUGGCAGAAGUUGACACGAGGCCCACCCUCAAGUCCAUCAACGGCUACAAUGAGAUUGAGGAAAUUAACAUGGCAAUGAGUCAUGUGUUCCAGGAAGCACAGAUGACACUUUCAGGACAUAGAAAGCUCGUGGUAAUAUUGACUAAUAUUCAGAAGAAAGCCAUCGAUUUGGGCUACGAAGAGGCGUUUGCAUACAAGUUUACCAAGCUCAUCAACAAGAUCUUGCCGUUAAAGAAAGGUGAAGAAAGUGGCGACAGAAUCAUCAAAUUUUGUUCUGUGUUUGUAGCCAACCUUUUCAAGAUCCAGCAAGACAAACAAGAUAAACUAGAAGAUGACGAUGACAGUGACGAAGACAACGAGACCACCAGGAUGGCCAACUACCUCUUGAACCACUUACUCAGAGGAGUGGAAGCCAAAGACAGAAAUGUCAGAUACAGAAUCAUUCAAUUGAUUGCUUAUUUGGUGAACUUCAUAGGGGAUAUAGAUGCUCAGGUAUUCACGUCGUUGGUGCACUCUUUGCGCAAGCGUUUGAGUGAUAGAGAACCAACCGUGAGACUUCAGGCGGUUGUUGCGUUGUCAAGAUUCCAGCACAUUGAUGACGAAGAAUUGGGUAAUAGCGAAGAUGCCAAAGACCUGGCAGACUUAAACUUUUUUAACAAGUUAUUGAUUGAAGUAAUGCAGAACGAUGAUAGUCCGGAGGUGAGGAGGGCUGCCUUGUUGAAUCUUGUCAAAAACAAGAGUACGCUUUCCUACUUGAUUGAGAGAGCCAGGGAUGUGAAUGCUAUUAACAGAAGAAUUGUGUAUUCCAGAAUCUUGAAGGAGUUUGGGGACUUUAGGGAGAUUGACUUGGAGUCAAGGAGCUUGUUGGUGGAGUGGGGCUUGAAUGACAGAGAUCGAAGCGUAAAGACUGCUGCUAUCAAGCUUUUCAACGGUUGCUGGUUUGAGUCUGUCAAUAAAGACUUCCUUCAAUUACUUGACAACCUACAGCUCCAUGAUGAUAAUGAAAAUGUUGACAAGCUACUCAAGCAUUUGUUCGAGUUGAAUUUGGAACACGUACGUGGAAUGAAAUUUGAUAAAUCAUACUGGAAAGAAUUCUCGGUUGAAAAGUCUUUCUUACUCAGAAACUUGUUUGAGUUCUUGAAUAUUCAUAACUAUUAUGACAUGAUAGAUGAGAAGUUCGUUGAUCUUAUUGAGUUGAGUGAUAUUCUUUACAAAUACUUGAAGUUGAGGAAAUCGAGGUUAACAAAACACCAAACAUUAAUAGAUAAUUAUCAUGAAUUCAAGAGAACUGUCGAGAUUAAGGAUUCUGAUUUACAAGCCAUUAAUAUAGAAAUGGAUAACUUGAUGUUUGCUGCUGACUCAACUGAGUCUCAAGAUGUUGACAAUAAGGAGCAAGUAUUGGAGAGAUUGAAGAUCAAGACCCAGGAUUUGAAACAAAAAUAUGAACAGAUUGGUGAAGAAAGGCGCUUGAUUAUGGAAAGCAACCGAGCGGUCACAGAAGAGUAUGCUGAUUUUCGUGAUGAGUAUAACGAGCUUGAAUUCAUCAUCGAAAACUUAUUGAAGAUUAGUAAAGACUAUGACUAUGCUGAUGAACUUGGAAGAAGAUCCAUGCUUCAGAUCAUAAGAACUUGUUUAACGAAUGACAGGUUGUCGGAUAAGUUAGCAGACAUCACAUUGAAGGUACUUAAGGUCUUGAGUACCAGUGAAAGAGAUUUCAUUAGCAUGGCCUCUGAAGUCAUCACUGAUAUCAGAGAUUCGGUGUUGGAUGAACAUGAUGAAACUUUCCAUUCGGCUAUUUCAGGGUUCCUUUCGGAUAGCUCUGAUUCUGAUUCCGAUUCCGAUUCUGAACCGGAGCAACAAGAAGAAGAACAUGACAAACCCGAUGCAAGAGACCAAACUUCCGAUUACACGAACAACUUGAACCGAAUUGAAAAUGUAUUUGACAACCAGAACUUCAACAAAUCAUAUUCCAAAAGCAAAUCUGGCUCCAAGAGGAGGAAGAUACAACCCAAAAUACCUCCUAGAGACAUCUUGAAUCAGUGUUUGAUCUUGACGCAGCAUUUAUUGGAAUCCAUCAACGAUCCAUUAUCAAACAACUACUCGUUGGAAUCGAUUUUGCAGAGUUUGGUAUACCCUGCCGUCUUGAUGGAUGAUAAUUCGGCUACGCAUAAGCUCGGGGUCAAAUGUUUGGGAUUGUUCAUGUUACUCGACAAGAACUUGGCUAUUCAAAAGCUUUAUUUCUUCGGGCGAAUUGUAAGUAUGACAGCGUUUGACGAAGAGUUCAAGAUCAUUGCUACUAAGGUAAUCAUUGAUGUUUUAUCCACCUAUGGGAUCAGUGUGUUGGAUGCGGGAAGUAAUGACAACUCGACUCACGACGAGUUUGACUUUGCAACUGUCAGGUAUGUGGACUCAUUGUCUAUCAACAAGUUAUUCAUCAAGUCAUUGAGGAACUACAAGAUGCCCGAUCUACAAGCAGUAACUGCCGAAGGGUUGUGCAAGUUGUGCUUAGCCGAUAUUUUGGAAGGUUUCGGAGACAAUGUUUUCGAGUCGGAAGAAGACAAGGAAGCGUACUUUGAAGACAUUCUCGAGGUGCUUGUGUUAUCUUAUUUUGAUGCGAAAAACUACUACAACAAUAAGUUAAGACAGGUUCUUUCCUUCUGUAUCCCUGUCUAUGCCUUCAGUCACAUCAAGCACCAAAUCAAGUUGUCGAAGAUAAGUGGAAACGUUGUGUUCAAGUUUAGCAAGCGUCAGCGAACAUACGAAGAGUUGUACAAAGAUAACGAUGCGGCGUUGGGCUUGUUGAGCUCGAUGACCGUGACUUCGGUGAUCCAGCAGUUGAUUCAUUGGUGUGAUCCUCACAACCUUGUGAACAAAGAGAACACCAUCGACGUCACCACUGUUGAAUCGCCCAUAUGGCAAGUGAUCACCUUCCUUGAAGCCAUUGAACAAGAUACAAAUAAAGCCGUCAAGAAGGCUAUUAUCAGCAACUUGGGCAAGAUAACCAUCACGGAACACUUGAGUCACCGGUUACUUAGGCGGCUUUGUGAAGCCAUUGAAGAUACUCUCAAGGUAUUUGAUGACCGAAGCGAAGAUGUUGAGUUUCAAUUUGAUUCUCUCACCACCAAGAGUUUCCACAAGUUCAACGAGCACGUGAGGGAGGUGCAGCAAAAUGCACAGAGCGCGGUUGAGGUGAUGGACGUGGAUGGAGAGGAAAAACAAGACAGUGACACGGAAGGGCUCAAGGAUGCAAACGAGAGGAACGAGGACGACGCGUCUGCGGGGCCCUGGGACCCCGCGUCCAAGCAGGCGGAGUUGGAAGGCAUAGACGAGUUUCUCGAUGCCGAAGACCAGGUUAGCUACGAUAUCUAA